CAAAAUAUAUCAUUCAAAGAAAGGUUGACCAGGGUCGUAGCAACAAUAUUCUUCACUUAAGUGUAAUUUUUGUACACAAUUCAAAUUUUUUUAGAUGAAUUUGAUAAUUAAACGCAUGACUUUAGAUUUAUCGUUUGUUGUUGAUAUAACAAAAAGUAGAUAUUUAUAUUUUUUAGAAAAAAGAAAUGUUCCAUUUUAAAAACUCCUCUAUAGUUAUGUAUUAAAAUGGCUGUUGACAUCCUAAAACCUAAUGAUUGCAUAGAUAAUACUGUUAAAAAUGUGACAUUAAGUAACGAGAAAAAUAAUAAUGUUAGUCAAAACCUAAAUGAAUUACCGCCAUACCAGAAACUCGUUCAAGAACUUUCUGAAGACGAAAGGUGCUGUAAAGAAUUGCAACUUGGUAGAAGAAUUGGUUUUUAUAAAAUUCGAGGAGAUCUUGGCAGCGGUAACUUCGCUCAAGUCAAAUUAUCUUACCACUGUUUAACAAAAGAAAAAGUUGCUUUAAAAAUUCUUGACAAAACAAAGCUUGACGAGAAGACGAAGAGGUUGCUCUCACGUGAAAUUAAAUCUAUGGAAAAGUUAAAUCAUCCAAACAUCAUUCGCAUUUUUGAAGUUCUUGAAACACCCUCUAAAAUAUACAUUGCUCUUGAGUACGCUUGCCAUGGGGAACUCUUUCAUAAGAUUUUAAGUAACGGCAAGUUUUUAGAAUCAGAGGCAAAAGUUUACUUUGGUCAGCUCACUUCAGCAGUUGCAUAUAUGCACCAGUGCAACAUUAUUCAUCGUGAUAUUAAAGCAGAAAACGUAUUUCUUGCCUUAAAUGGUGUUUGUAAAAUAGGUGACUUAGGUUUUAGUACAGUAGCCAAUCCAGAGGAUAAACUUAAUACAUUUUGUGGUAGUCCCCCGUACGCUGCGCCCGAACUUUUUAAAGACGAUUAUUACAUCGGCAGAUAUGUGGACAUUUGGGCACUUGGGGUUUUACUGUAUUUUAUGGUAACAGGCUUCAUGCCCUUCCGCGCUGAUACCGUCGGAAAAUUAAAAAGAAAAAUUUUAGAAGGAUCUUUUACUAUACCCGAUCAUGUUUCUGCGACUUGUCGUUUUUUAUUAACGCAAAUUAUUCGAAUGGUACCUUCUGAUCGGUAUAGUUUAAGUGAAAUUAUGCGAAGUCUUUGGAUGGAAGGUGUAGAAUUUCCAAAGCCUUCUAAGUCUCUAUCACUUAAACCAGUAAUUAAUUCGAUUGAUAAUUCUCUAGCCGAAAAAGAAGCUUUAAAGCAAUUAUUAGGCUUUGGAAUUACAGAAGAUAUGAUAGAAAACUGUACAGACGAUUCGAACAAUUGUAUAAAUGGUACCUACCGAAUAGCCGUAUAUCAAGAACAGCGAAAAGAUCUAGAAUUUCAAAUUGAAAGAGAAGCGAUGAUUCGUAAAGAUAUCGAAGAAAUUCGAUUGAACAAACGAAAAUCUGUCUCUAAAUCAAGUUCAAGCAAUACACCUAAAUCAGAAUUUUGUACAAUACUUUGAAAAAAUCUCGACAUCGUAUAAUUGUGUUCUAAAGCCACCUAAUGUAUUUAAACUGUACAAAACUAUUUUUUAAUUUUUAUCUUGUAUAAUAGAAAAAAGCUGUACAUAUAUUUAUGGAAAUAUUUAAGCGUUAUUUAUAUA